UUAGACAAGAACUACUUGCCAGACAAAGACAGCGCCACGGCGCAUCUUAUGAAUAAGAGAUACAAAGACUUCGCGAGAUUGCACUUCUCCAUCUCGCCUGAAAUUGUGUUCGAAUAACUCUCGCGCAUCUUGUCCAAACAUCCGCAAGUCAGAGCUGGUCUCAAUCACAAGUCACUGUCAAGCGCAGUGAACAGCGGACAGUCGUAGCGAGCUGUGAAAAAGAACAAUCACGCGUGCCUAACUCACCGGGCCUCGAACGCAUGACGGAAGUGUUCCAACUACUUAUCUCAGGCCUGGCGCCGACGAGAAUAGAACCAACGCCAAGGUCCGACCUCAAACCUUACAUCCUGAGAGCAGGCAGGAUGCCCAGCAGAAAAAUCCCGUUGCUACCAAAAUUUGGUCGUCCGACACAGGUACCAGCCGAGUGGAAUGUCUCACCUUCGGUGGAGUCAGAAAUCCCAGACACGCCGAAAGCACCGCGCGACUACAACACUUCAACGAACGACACUACACUACCUCCUGCUACUAACCCCACAUUCCCUUACACGACACAAGAACGCGUAGUCAUGUCUGCAAACCGUCGAGGCCCUGUUACAGUGCCUAUCAAAACCACAGGCGCGUUCUGGAUCGAGCCAGCACAUAUCGGAGACCCCUGCACGAUCUCAUGUCUAGAUCAUAUCCUAUCGUGCGGCCACAAGAUCAUUACAGCAUAUCCUGAGCCUUGCGCGAGGAACUGUCAUACGCGCUCGCCACCAGACCUCCUUCAGCCUCGAGAUAUUGGCGAAACUUUCCGCUGUACGGCCUGCAUUAUCGAACAUCUCUCUCAACGACGUCGGGCACGUUCACAAAGCUAUAUGAACGAACUCCUCGACGCAGCUUCUCACACCUCCAAAGACGAAUCCUGGAUCGCAGCAAAACUCGACCUCGUAUCCGUCGCUUGGAAAGACGAAGACGUCGAAGAAUUUCAAUCACUUUCUAGUCGUGGGAGAUCUUGCACUGCGCCUUGGAUCGAUCCGGAGUUUUCGGAUGUUGUGGAAAUCGCAGGGAGAGAGAAAACUUCUUUUGGUUCUGGUUCGCAGCAUGGGAGGAGUGCCUCGAGGUCGACCUUUGGGGAGAUGAGUUCGCCGCCUUCGCCGACGCCGACGAUUGAGAGUGUGGGGUCUUCUUCGAGGCAUUCGAGGAGUUCGUCGGCGGCGACAUUUUCUUCGCCGUUUCGGGCGGGGACGUGGCAGUGAGAGGGGUAUAGAUGCAUUUGAGGAGCGACUGCUUUCGCGAGAGGAGACAUUUGUGGGCAUUUUGACAUUUCAUGUUUGGUGAUACCUGGGCAUUUGUAUU